ACUCUCCAAUCAGAGCCUCUUGCGGACCCACCAGUCAGAUGGGAGGGUACUUCUGGGAGCCAGGCUUCUGGCUCAGCUUGUUUCCUGUGAAGUCGGAAGUUGUCCUGUGUGUUGUGCUUUGGGCUCCACCGUGGGGAGAAAACGGGUUAGCUUGGCUACUGCACCAUGAGCAAUGCCUUCUCUAUCCCAGGCUUGCACCACACUAUCAAGUUGAUAAUUGGCUUGAAGUCCUUCUCCUUCCUCUGCUGUCCAGUGCUGGAAAGACAGUUCUGCAGCAUCUUCCAGGCUGGGCCUUGACUGAAUACAGUGACCUAUGAUGAUUUACAUAUCGACUUCACUUGGAAAGAAUGGGCAUUGCUGGAUCCGUCUCAGAAAAAUCUCUACAAAGAUGUGAUGCUGGAGACCUACAGGAAUCUCACUACUAUAGGAUACAAUUGGGACGACCAUAGAAUUGAGGAACAUUAUCAGAGUUCUAGAAGACAUAAAAGGUAUGAAAGAAGUCAUACUGGAGGGAAAACAGCUAAAUAUACUCUAUGUGUUAAAGCCUUUCCAAAUCAUAGUCAUCUUCAACAGCUUGAAAGAAUUCAGACUGGAAAGAAACCCUAUAAAUGUAAUCAAUGUGGUAAAGCAUUUGCACAUCACGGUAGUUUCCGAGUCCAUAAAAGAACACAUACAGGAGAGAAACCCUAUAAAUGUAAUCAGUGUGGUAAAUCCUUUGCAUGCCCCAGUAAUCAACGAUUACAUGAAAGAACACAUACUGGAGAAAAACCCUAUGAAUGUGAUCAGUGUGAUAAAGCUUUUGCACGUUCUUCUAAUCUCCACAUACAUAAAAGAACACAUACUGCAGAGAAACCCUAUGAAUGUAAUCAUUGUGGCAAAGCCUUUGCACGUCAGAGUCAUCUUCAAUGCCAUGAAAGAACACAUACUGGAGAGAAACCCUAUGAAUGUAACCAGUGUGGUAAAGCUUUUGCACGUCACUUUACUCUUCAGAUACAUAAAGGAACACAUACUGGGGAGAAACCCUAUGAAUGUAAUCUGUGUGGUAAAUCCUUUGCUUGUCCCAGAACUCUCAAAUUACAUAAAAGAACACAUACUGGAGAGAAACCUUAUGAAUGUAACCAAUGUGGUAAAGUCUUUUCAUAUCUCUGUAAUCUUCGUAUGCAUAAAAGAAUACAUACUGGUGAGAAACCCUAUGAAUGUAAUCAGUGUGGUAAAACCUUUACACAUCACAACCAACUUAAAAGUCAUAAAAGAACACAUACUAGAGAGAAACCCUAUGAAUGUAAUCAAUGUGACAAAACCUUUGCAUAUCAUAGUGCUCUCCGAAUACAUAAAAGAAUACAUACUGGAGAGAAACCAUAUGAAUGUAACCAGUGUGGUAAAGCCUUUGCACAACAAGGUCAUUUUCAAAUACAUCAAAGAAUACACACUGGUGAGAAGCCCUAUGAAUGUAACCAGUGUGGUAAAGCCUUUGCACGUCAGAGUCAUCUUCAAAGCCAUGAAAGGACCCAUACUGGAGAGAAACCCUAUGAAUGUAACCAGUGUGGUAAAGCCUUUGCACAUCGAUGUCAUUUUCAAAGACAUCAAAGAAUACAUACUGGUGAGAAACCCUAUGAAUGUAAUCAGUGUGGUAAAGGUUUUGCAUGUGUCAGUACACUUCGAAGUCAUGAGAGAAAAUACUGCAAAGAAACCCUGUAAAUGUAGCCAGUGUGGUAACGCUUUUCCCUUUAUAUAGAGGUAAAACUUUUUGUGUGCAAUCAAUCUGUUAAAGCCUUUGCAUAGUAUAGCAAUAUUUGAGAACCUUAAAAAAAAACUAAUACUGAAAGGGCUUCUUACUAUAAAGUAUUUGGUAAGAUCUUUAGCCAACACACCUACAUGCAGUUACACAAGAGUAUUCUGGAAAACAAUUGACAAUGUCAGCAAUCUAUUCAGGCAUUAUGGUGUCCAUCUUUAUUUUGUUUGUACAAUGUUAAUGUUAAAAUGCUUAAUAGCAGAGAAUAUAAGAAACAGUAAAUAUCUCGUGUGUAUCCAAAGAAGUAUUUUCAUAUAUCUGGUAGGGAAGUAAUGAUGUAGAAUAAUCAGCAAUAAAUUGUAUAUUUCAUAAUAUAGCUUGAUGUGCUAUGAAUCUGUAUAAUUUGAAGUUACAUGUGUCUUUAUAUUCUCAUCAGUUGUCUAAAUGGCACUUCAUCUCAAAGUACUGCAUUCUAAGGAUUAUCCAGAGAUGCCAGAUAAUGUAAUGGCAAGAUUUAAGCAUAAAAAUGGCAAGAUUGAAGAAACA